AUGGCUGGUUCAUUCCAGGCUGGAACACCACAACAUGUUCCCCAACCUGAUCCAACCCAGGCCUCUUCAUUCCAAGCCCCUCAGGUCAGCUCACCUCAGAUGAACCAAUCUCAGGGUCAGGGACUGGGUCAGGGACAGCUCCUCAGAGCUCACAUCCCUCUGAUAAACUUCCAGCCCCUCAUCCACGUCCAGCCCGCUUCCCAGGAUUUCACAGUCCUCUGCCAGGUGCAUCAGGCGGGCUACACCAUGCUACACAAGGAGAUCACGGACACUAAAAACAGUAUGGAGGAAAUGCUGCAUCCUGUGUUGUCUUCCAUCAGCCACAGCCUGGAGAGACUUGCUAGUGCUGUUGAAAGGCUGGCAGGUCCUGGGGAGUCACUACUACAGACUGUCACUCCCAUCACAGUGCCUCUCCAACACAGACUGAAUGGACCCUCAUACACUGAUUCCACAGGACUACAUCCUUUGUGAAGUUUGCUGGAUUCUUGCUAUGUUGACGACUGUUUACUUCUGUCAAAACAAUACAAUGUCCUACAAUAACAAUUAGUUCAAGUAAAAAAAAAAAAAAUCAACCCAAAAACAUUAACUAUGGUAUGCUAUCGACUGUAUGAUGUAUUCAUUGUUGCAUGUAUUUAUUAGACUGCUUUCAUACGAGUGGUUAAAUGUAGUCUAUAUUGUUCAAUUCAAUCAAACCUGUAUCGCUGUAUUCACACAGUAGCGUUUUCCUGUGGUCAAAUGCAUUCAGACUGGUUUUACUGUAGCCUAUAAAAGCCUACAACUAACUAGCCUACUAGACAAUAGACUAUGCUUUCACUUUUCAGAAGGAGAAGUGUGUGUGUGUGUGUGUGUGUAGGGUGACGUUUGUAAAUCUGUAGAGAAUUGCUUAUUGUUUUGGAAGGCCAUGUGCAGACCAUGAUUUAAUGAUGAAAUCAAUCAAUCUGUUUCUAAAUAAAUGUUUUGGGGGUAAAUAUGAUGUGAACCACAGUAUCAUAAAAAUAACCUAUCACUUACUCAACAAGACAAUCUAACAUUAUAACGAUUUAUCUAUAGAUCUAAUGUCAAGAAUCUAAUAAUUCAAUAUUGUGGUGAUUGUUAAACUGUUUUGAAGAGGCGUUUUUUUGGGGGCACAUUUUUCCCAACAAAGGGAGGAUAAUAUACUGCGCACGGCGGGUAUCAACUGCGCAAGCGUAUUGGAUUUUGUGGCUGCAAAUGGUAGCCCAGAUUGUUUGGGAACGCUUCAACUGGAUCCGCUAUCCUUUGGAUUUGCUAUCCAUAUUAAGGUUUUCCGUAACCGUACUAACCGUUGCUGUUUUGUAAUUGUGUUGUUAAUAAGUUGCAGCCUUGAGAUGAGUAGGCUAGGCUAUGUAAACAUUCAGAACACUAUUGUGUCUUUCCGUCAGUGUCAGUGUUAGUGUUUGCGCUUCAUUUAUGGCUUUGCCCUGAGAAAAUAUGGAUUCCGAUGACGAUAAGAGAGAUGGGAGGCCAGAGAUCGAGAUGCUUCACAUGGAGAGGCAACGAAAGCAGCGUUUCAAUGAAGAAGAGCUCCAAAUACUGGUGCGUGAAGUGCAAGCUCGACGACCUUGCCCUGGCUACACCCGUGUUGCGCAGGCCGCGUGGGAAGAUAUCGCAGCAAAGGUGAGCGCUUCUUCGUUUGGAUGCCUCAGAACCGGAAUGCAAUGCAAAAAGCGAUACAAUGACCUGAUGCGCAGACAACCCUGUUAUAUGAAGAAGGGUCCAAGGGCAAAGAGGAACCGAGUGACCAGGCAGACGGAAGCAAAACUUCACCAUCCAACAGAAGCAAAACUUCACCAUCCAACAGAAGAGGAGGAGCCUUUCCUCUCAGUCAAAACAGAAAGUUUUAAAUGUGAGUUUGUGGAUGGAGAAGGACCCAUUGCAUUAGAAGGUAACGUUUAUGGUUUCAAUUUUUAAAAAACAAUUGUUUUCUUAUCUUUGUAACGUGUGUGUGCCUACUACGUGAUGUAAUUUGAUAAAACAAUGUAAGGAACACUAAAUAUGGCUUAUUUUUCUAUAUUUUUUCUUCCCUAGAGUUUCAGAACGAAGUUGGUUCCCAAUACCUUUGGGUGGAGCUGGACAGUCCCUCGACUAACCAGACUCUGGACGCUGCAACAUCGUCUGAGGCCAGCAGAGUCCAUCCACCCCAGACACCCACGCCUGUCACUUCACCCAGGCCCUCUUUACCCCAAACCAACCUCCAACCCCGGGUGAACAUAGUCAGAUUGAACCUUGAAACUGGUACCCAGGUCAGUACACCUCAAGUGACUGGAACCGUCCACAUCCCUCAGUCUCAGGGCACCCUACAACCCCAAACCAAUACACGGCCAGUCACUGUUCAACCCCAGGCUGAUGGAUUUCCCCAAGGUAAUGCUCCAUUCCACGUAAACAUACCCCAAGUAGUGCAACUGCCACAGCAGGCUACUCUACCCCAAGCCAACCUAUCACAGGCCUAUACACCCCAAGCUAACCAAUCACAGGCCUAUAUACCCCAAGCCUACCUAUCACAGGCCUAUACACCCCAAGCAAACCAAUCACAGGCCUAUAUGUCCCAGGCAAAUGUGCAGCCUCAGACUAACAUACCCCAAGUGAACCAAGCUACGGUCCACAUCCCUUUGAUUGAGGUCCAACCACACAUGCAGGUCCAGCUACCUCCUCAGGACCUGGCAGCACUGGUCCAGGUGCAUCGCCAAGGUUACGACAUGUUACAGAGGGAUCUGGUCAGUAUGAGGAGCAGCAUGGAGAGAGUGCUGCAGCCCCUGCUGUCAUCCAUCAACAACAACCUGGAGAGACUGGUUAACGCUGUUGAACACCUCUCUGGGGUUGAGAACACACCUCAGACCAACGGUGUUGUCCAUGCUUAUCAUGAUUCUCCCCCCUGACUGACCUUGUUAGGUUAUGUUCACCAUCUAUCUGAGAGGGGGACAGGAUGUGUUCAGGUGGAUGCAGAGUACCUGUUUUAAAGAUUCUAUACGCUAUUUCAAAUGUCUACCAUCCUGGUAGAGAUGGACUAAAAACAUUUAGUAAAGUUCUGUGCAGUGAAUGUAACUCUAGGAAUCUUUGUGCUGUACAUGCAGUGGAAUGCAGUUCCAUUUUGUUAUCAGGUAUGUUUUUAUUUGUCGAUGUCUUUAAAUAAUGUAUGCUCCUUUUUUCUCAUUAAUCUUUUUUUGGUUCAAGGUGCCUAAGCCUCUAUGGACCUGUUGAGUUCGAAAUAAAAUAUAUUUUCCAAAAAGUGUUCAAACAGUUAUAAUCCUGUCAUUGUUCGUUUAUGCACACAAUCCAUGAGGUCAACUUGAGCACAGGCCAUUCAUUUAGUAUAGAAGUAUUGAACCUUUUUCUUAACCUGCUUUUUCUCAGAAGCAUGAUUCAGACAGAGGGGGAUAAAAUGGGGGGGUGCAAAAAAUAGAAGGCACCUCAUCCCUUCAUCCUGCGCCCACACACUGGAGAGCAAGUGAGAGAAUCAGGGAAGACUGCAGAACACAUGACAUUUCAGUCCAGGGCUGUGAUGCGGUGUGUUCCUUCCUUCUUUCUCUACACCUCCCUCCUUCACUCUUUCCCUCUCUCCCACCCUCAAAGGAUUGACAUGUGGUCUCUCUCCCACCCUCAAAGGAUUGACAUGUGGUCUCUCUCCCACCCUCAAAGGAUUGACAUGUGGUCUCUCUCCCACCCUCAAAGGAUUGACAUGUGGUCUCUCUCCCACCCUCAAAGGAUUGACAUGUGGUCUCUCUCCCACCCUCAAAGGAUUGACAUGUGGUCUCCUACAACCAAAGCAGAGGUGGUAAGACUCUGGCGCUGCUGUUGCCCCAGACUGUCUGGAAACCACUCAACUUUGUUAGUGUAGAAAUGACAGCCUUACAACAUCUUCCCAACAACAUCAAGCAUGCAGAACUAAACAGUAACAACUCAAAGAUAUCCAACCUCUCAUGGGGUCUACUUUCCUUCAUCUCAACUAACAUGGGAGAACUGGAUAGGUGAAAGCAAUGUACCAGUAGGCAGCCAGCCACCAUAUUAUUUUGACUUAUCUAGUGUUUUCAGUUGAGUAAAUAUUAAGUAAAGGAGAUAAGGAGAGGAAGCCACUUUAGGUUAUUGAGAUGCACCCAUUGUCCUGUUCUCUCAACAUCAUAGAGGGGGAAAAAAAACAGAACGAUUCACAUGUGCACAGUAUCAUCUGCUGGUGAAUCUGUUAAUAGCAUGGAUGUGUGUGAAUUUUUGAAAGCCUCCUUUUUUCCAGACAACAACCACCAUUAUUUAUGAAAAAUGUACUCAGGUGUAAUAACAUGCCUUCAACAUACAUGAUCAAUUCACUGCUGCUGAAAGAUGAGAGAAUGGUAUCAGCAUCCCACCUCCAGAAUUCCAUUUAUCAUCAUCAGGUACCAUUCCCAUCUGCUCCACAUACUCAGUUACACCUAAACAACUUGGCUGGGGUUAUAUUUAUAUCAACCAAAUAAAACAUUUGUACGUACCGAACACAACCCACACUACUGUAAAAUAAACAUUUAAAACAUAUUUUAUUUCAUGUUUUAUUAACCUUCAUUAGUCAAAUCUGUGA